GCACCACAGUCGGUUUUAUUGGAUCUGAUAGUCGCCUUUUCCAACCCAUGCCUCGGACCGCCGUGGUGCCCGGAUUGGCACGAUCUCGAGCCUUUGCUGCUGCGUCUUUGGGGAGAGGAAGCAGUAGCAGAAUCAACGCCGGGGUGGACAUCGAGUCCCAGCCUCUCAUGCCUACAGAGGAUGAUGAGAAUUUCGACAAUGGCGGUAGAAGAAAGGCGCCUCUCCCCCAUCGUCACUGGCCUCCUGACCGCCUGGCACCUGAUACACCCUGGGAUGAUGAUGAGGAUGAUCAUG